UGCCCUGCCUGGCGACCUGACCUUCCAGGGCCAACCACUCCCCGGCAGAGCCACAGCAGAGGGACUGUGAGAGAGGUGGGUGACCCCUCUCCAAACAGUCCUCCCCCCUCCCCGUGUCCCUGCUGGAGCGCUACCGGCAUUCCAGCGUCCCAAAGCCACUAGCUAAGUCUUGUCUAGGAGGGCUGGGUAGGAGGGAGGUGGCCUGGGCCCCAGGAAUCCGAGUCACCGUCCUGAGCUGUCAAUCCAUACAAAUGUCUGGAGCAAUUUUUGCGCCCCUGGAAGGCCUGGGUACCCUGGACGCUGCGAGUGGCCAUCCCCUCGUGUGUCCGCUGUGCCACGCACAGUACGAGCGCCCAUGCCUGCUGGACUGCUUCCACGACUUCUGCGCUGGCUGCCUGCGCGGCCGGGCCACUGACGGCCGCCUGUCUUGUCCGCUGUGCCAGCACAAGACCCUGGUGAAGGGUCCUAGCGGGCUCCCACCGGUGGACCGGCUGCUGCAGUUCCUGGUGGAUAGCUCUGGGGAUGGUGUGGAGGCUGUGCACUGUGCCAACUGCGACCUGGAAUGCAGCAAGCAGGACGCAGAGACCACGUACUUCUGCAACACCUGCGGGCAGCCCCUGUGCGCACGCUGCCGCGAAGAAACGCACCGUGCGCGCAUGUUCGCAAGGCAUGACAUCGUAGCCCUGGGCCAGCGCAGCCGCGACGUGAUCCAGAAGUGUACGCUCCAUUCGGAGCCCUACAUCAUGUUUUCCACCGACAAGAAGUCGCUGCUGUGCAUCCGCUGCUUUCGGGACAUGCAGGGGGAGAGCCGGGCCCACUGUGUGGACCUGGAGUCGGCGUAUGUUCAAGGUUGCGAACGGCUGGAGCAGGCGGUGCUGGCAGUGAAAGCCCUGCAGACAGCCACCAAAGAGGCCAUUGCGCUGCUACAGGCCAUGGUGGAGGAGGUGAGGCACAGUGCCGCUGAAGAGGAGGCAGCCAUUCAAGCCCUCUUUGGCAGCAUGCAGGACAGGCUGGCUGAGAGGAAAGCCCUGCUGCUGCAGACUGUGCAGAGCCAAUAUGAAGAAAAGGACAAAGCCUUCAAGGAACAGCUUGCCCACCUGGCCUCCUUGCUGCCCACCCUGCAGGUUCACCUGGUCAUCUGCUCCUCCUUCCUCAGCUUGGCCAGCAAGGCUGAGUUUCUGGAUCUGGGUUAUGAGCUGAUGGAGAGGCUGCAGGGCAUCGUCACGCGGCCGCAUCGCCUAAGACCUGCUCAGAGCAGCAAGAUCGCCAGCGACCACCGCGCAGAAUUCGCGCGCUGCCUGGAGCCGCUGCUGCUGCUGGGACCCCGCAGAGCUGUGUCCACCGCUGGCGUCGCCAACACACUGGCAGGGAGCUCAAGCCCCAAGGUGCUGAAGACACCCAGCUGUCCCUCCCCAGUGGGAAGGAUGUCAGGGUCACCCGUCCCAAAACCCUCGCCACAUCGUUCCAUGAGCACGAAGGUUCUCCUGGCCGAGGGCGAGGACACACCCUUCACAGAGCACUGCCGCCAUUACGAGGAUUCCUAUCGGGGUCUGCAGCUCGAGGUGCAGAACCUCAAGGACCAGGUCCAGGAGUUACACCGAGACCUCACCAAGCACCACUCGCUCAUCAAGGCGGAGAUCAUGGGGGACAUCCUGCACAGGUCCCUGCGGUUGGACACACAGAUUGCUUCUGAACAUGCCUCCAUGGAAGGCAUGAGAGCAAUCUUCCAGGAGAUUUGGGAGGACUCCUACCAACGAGUAGCUACCCAGCAGGAGAUUUAUGAAGCCCAGCUCCAUGACCUUCUCCAGCUGAAGCAGGAGAAUGCCUACCUGACCACCAUCACCAAGCAGAUCACGCCCUACAUCCGCUCCAUUGCCAGGGUGAAGGAGCGACUGGAGCCCAGUCCCAAACCAAGGGAAGUGGUGGGUGAGCCCUGGAAGGUCUGCUGCCCUGUGGUUUGGAGCAGCGUGAGCUCAAGGCCCCCAGCAGGGACGUUACUGCCCUCGAGCCGUCUCUACCGUCCAGGUUCCAGGUACCCGUGGAUGAGCACACAGAGCACAGCAUGCCUGAUGACGGCAGGGACCACGAGACCUCAGCCAGGAUCGACACAGGGAGCAUCACUGAGAAGAGAGAGAGGGCAUCUGAGCCCCAUGGAAGCAGCUGGACCCUGAGCAGCCUCCCAGAAGGACCUCCAUUAAAGAACCAAGACCACCCCAGGCCCAAGUAGGAAACUGGAGAUGAGGGAUGGCAAGGUGGAUCAGGUCCCGAAGAGGCUUGCUACCAAGCCUGACCCUUUGGACCGCCAAUGGCACAUGGGAAGAACUAAUUUCCACGUACAUUCACAAUAAAGAAGUAAUGUGAAGAAUCGUCUCAAUGAGGAUGGCAUCCCCACAUUGAGACAGCAGCUUGGUAACUGGGUCCUAGUGAGUUGGACCCAGAUGUCACUGUUUCAGGUCUGGCACACAGGCUCCAGAUGUGGCUCAGAGGUUAAAAGCACUGGCUGCUCUUUCAGAGGACCCAGGGUUUGGAUCCCAUCACCCAUAUGGUGCUCACAACCACCUGUAAACUCCAGUCCAGAGGAUUUGGCACCCUCUUCUGACCUCUGUGGGCACCACAGACAUGUGGUGCAGACAUGCAUGCAG